AUGGUAAUUGCCAAAUUGCCUCCUCCGUCAGUUCUUGAUUCUGAAAAUGAUUCUGAAUCAGAGUCAUUAGAUAUUACAAAAACGCCGAAAAAGAUCUACGAAAUUGCUCAAUUUGCAGAGCAAAUUCAGACGGAUAUAGAGUUUGAUUCGAAGAGCGAGUUACUUGUGCACAAAUUCAUCAAGGGUGCUAUGGCGCGUGUACAAUCAGGGGCCCAAGCAGAGGCGGAUUUAGAGCAUACUCAAUUGGCCGAAGCAGCACGCGCUGCACGUGCGAAAGCCACGCGUCGUACCGUACAAAAAGGGGGCAUUAUUACUGUUGAGAAGGCCAAGGAGCGAAUUCGAUUACGCACACGAAGGGAGCAAGAGAGUUGGGAGAAGAAGGAGUACUCUCGGCGUCAAUGCCCUAAACGGGAAAGACCCAAGUUUGUACGCUUUUAUAGGGCUAUUUCUGCAAUAGCUCGUCUUCGUAUUGCCUCUAUGAACCCUGAGGAUCAAUUAGAGUACCAAUUGAGCGACGAGGGGGGGCAAUAG